GUAUCCCCUCAGCCUCUUCCUCUGAUAAAACCUCCUCAAGUACCCUUAACAGGGUCUCUUUUCAUGUGAACUUGGUUCUUGAGCUUUGGUGUUUCAAAACACCAAAACCUAGUAGGACACCUGUGUGACUGAGGGAGCAUCCAGGUGAAUCCAGAGAGGACUGCAAGUUGCCUUUGUCAGAGGGGAAUGUUCCUGUUUCUGGUUUUCUCCUUCUGCCUCUAUACCAAGGCACAACCCAUACAGGAGAAUACAGUGGCUCUGGAUCCUUGCUCUGCCUACAUCAGUCUGAAUGAACCUUGGAGGAAUACAGAGCACCAGAUCAACACUUCUUAUGACCAGCCUGAGUGUGACAGCCAUGUUAAUGGGGAGUGGUACCGCUUCACUGGGAUGGCUGGUGAUGCCAUGCCCACCUUUUGUAUCCAAGAGAACCACUGUGGUACCCAUGCACCAGUCUGGCUGAAUGGCAGCCACCCUCAAGAAUCAGACAGCAUUGUCCAAAGACAGGCCUGUGCAACAUUCAAUGGGAACUGCUGCUUCUGGAACACCACGGUUGAUGUCAAGGCAUGCCCAGGAGGCUAUUAUGUCUACCGCUUACCCAAGCCCGGUGUCUGCUUCCAUGCCUACUGUGGGCAUUUCUAUGACAUCUGUGAUAUGGUUGAUUGCCGGGGCUCCUGCUUGGAUCCUGGAGACUGCAUGUGCUCCUUAGGGACAAUACUGGGACCAGAUGGACAAACCUGCCUUGAUGAAAAUGAAUGUGAACAGAAUAAUGGGGGCUGCAGCGAGUUCUGUGUAAACCUGAAGAACUCAUACCGCUGUGAAUGUGGAGUUGGGCGUGUUCUGGGGAAGGAUGGAAAGACCUGUGAGGAGAUUGAAGGGUGUCACAAUAACAAUGGAGGCUGCAGCCAUGCUUGCAUGACAGUGGAAGACACUUACCAGUGUGAAUGCCCACGGGGGCUUGUUUUGUCAGAUGACAACCACACCUGCCAAGUUCCUGUCCUAUGCAAAUCUACCACCAUAGAAGUGAACAUACCCAAGGAUCUUGUUGGAGGGAUGGACCUCUCACUCAUCAAUGGUUCCUGCAAAGGGGUGUCCAAUGGCACACAUGUCAACAUCAUCUUCUCCCUGAAGUCCUGUGGUACCACUAUAGAUGUAGUAAAUGACAAAAUCAUCGCGACCAAUAUGGUAACUGGCUUGCCAAAGCAAACUCCUGGCAGUAAUGGAGAUAUUAUCGUCCGUACUGGCAAGCUGUUGAUCCCUAUUACUUGUGAAUUCCCUCGCCACUACACUAUCUCGGAGGGCUACAUCCCUAAUGUUAAGAACUCACCGCUGGAAAUCAUGAGCCGAAACCAUGGUGUAUUUCCCUUCACUCUCGAGAUAUUCAAAGACAAAGAGUUUGAAGAGUCCUACAGGGAUACUCUCCCCACUCUUAAACUCCGAGACUCUUUAUAUUUUGGCAUUGAGCCUCUGGUGCAUGUGAGUGGUCUUGAGACGUUAGUGGAGAGCUGUUUUGCAACCCCUACAUCCAGGAAUGAUGAAGUCCUAAAGUACUACUUAAUCCGAGAUGGCUGUGUUUCCGAUGAGUCUGUGAAGCAAUAUACGUCGAAGGAUCAUCUUGCCAAGCACUUCCAGGUCCCGGUGUUCAAAUUUGUGGGUAAAGACAAUAGGGAAGUGUUCCUGCAUUGCCACAUCCUUGUGUGUGGAGUGAUGGAUGAGAGGUCUCGUUGUGCCCAGGGCUGUCGUAGACGGAUGCGCAGAUGGACUGGAGCUAAGGAAAAGGAAGCUAGUCACAUGGCUAAUCAUGUGCUGACAGGUGGCCCCAUUAGAAUUGAUGUAGAGGAGUAGAUCUGUCGCAUAAACAUGUCUUAAUGUACUUUUCUCUGAUUAUCUUUGACAAUGAGCAAUGGUAGGUGUUUGGCAAAAAAUAAAAAAUGUGAUUCUCCCUCCCACCCACCCCCAUUGGAAGUUGCAGGUCAUGCUUUGUUGAGGUCAAAUUAAAUGCAUUCUGCAUCCGAACUUCAUGUAUGCUAGCUACUUUUGGAUGGCUGUAUUCACUAUUGAUUCACAGGACCAAAAUCUCACCAACUUUUAUUAAAUGCAAAAUGUCUAGAUAAUCAGAUCUUCAGAUCAAUAGUAGUUCUGUGUUUUUACAAAACUAUAUUGACAUGGGGAUAAAAGUGGGGAAAGACACUGACUGCAAAGCACCAAUUUAAACUGGCACAUGAUCAUUUGUGAGUUUUGAAAUUGGGAUGGGGCUGUAGCUCAGUGGAAGAGCACAUGCUUUGAAUGCAGAAAAUCCCAGGUAUAAUCCCUAGAAGCUCCAGAUAGGGUUGGAGAUCUGAAAUUCUAGAAACACUGCCAGUCAAAGUGGACAAUACUGAAUGAGAUGGACCAAUAAGGCAGCUUCUUCUGGACUUAAAUCAACACAGUUUGGUUAUCUGGGGUGGAUCUAGGCAGGUUGAUGUAUUAGUACAACAACUUAAGGUGAAAUGAUAAAUCAUGAUGUCCAGGAAAAUCUUCCAAAAAUGAGGUGAGCCUAUGGUGCACAGUAACUCGUAAUCUGGAUGUGUGUUGAAGCCCUUCACAACACCAGCUUAACAUACAAAUCCAAAUGUCAGUUUGUGCUGACAUCACUCUGCAAAAGAUGAUUCUAUAAUUAGACCCACUAAAGCUCAUAGGACUAAUUUCAAUAUCAUUUCAAAUGCACACAAUAUUUUUAAAUGCACACAAUAUCAAAUUGUGUGCAUUUCACUGAUACUGAAUCUGGAGGUCUCCACAAACUACUUAUGCCAGCAUUACUGGCAUAAAUACUUAUGCCAAGUACUGACUACUUAUGCCUGAAUUGUUUUUAAUACUGUUUCCUAGAACUGUGCGAAGCAGACCUGCCAGGCUUUUGAGUUGGUUUGCUUUGCAGUGACCUCACUCCCCCUGCCACUGCCCCCCGCCCAAUGACUCCCAGUUAACCGGGCUGAACCUGAAGCUCCCAGCAUUCAGUUUUCUAGCACUGUCUCUUUCUUACCCCUUCUCUCUUCUUUUUGUGGGAUUAUUCAGAAGUAGUUUGUGGAUUGCAGCCUAAUAUUUUACUUGUGCUAAGUGUCAGCAUCAUGCUUAUGCUAACUGAAAGAAUCUGCAUAGUGCAUCAUCUGUACUAUGGAAAAAGUCGUCGAUGUGGUUAUUCUGGUGCUGAAAAUUGUACUUGUUUCAAUUCCAAAUGUACAUUGAUCAAAAUUCCAUUGCUUGUACUACUCCCAGUGGAUAGAGCUGACAUUGCCCUUGUGGUCUCCCUUCUGUCCUCCCGUCCCACACCUGGUUCAUGGAAUGUUUUGCCUUUUGUUUAGUUUUGUCCAAAUUGCUCUUGUUCUGCUUUCAUACAGAAGUAUUGUGAGAGAUUAAAAAUGUAACAAUCAUAGGACAGUCUAGGAAAGUAACAGAGUUAGCAAAUUCAGUUUCUAAGGGACCACACACAUAUCAUAGGAUAGAAUAACAUACGGAAACAGGGGGAGGGGAGGCCGAUAUGCUUUAGUUAUGAGAUCAUGAAAAAAAAAUUAACAGUGUAAAACCAAUAUUAUGUAAAUGGAAAGCGUUGGAAAGCAUACAAGGUAUCACUGCAGUGCAAAAUAGCUCCAAGGGUUUCAGAUAGGUUACGAAUCAGAGAAUGGAGGAAGUUCAAUUGCAACAGAUUAUAUUUAGAAUUUUUUCCCCUAUCUUCCAUGAGAAGGCGCUAGACAAAAUGUCAGCAACACUUCAGUUUGCGAUAAGCAACUCCUUGAUCAAACAGAGUGUACACAGGCAGCAAUCUGGAGGGCAUAAGAGUUAUAUUUUGGAAGUAUGAUUACAAAAAUAUAUGUAGUGUACCACCUGAAGCUGUAAAAUAAUAGUAAUUCUAUAUAGCUAGAAAAGAGCUUCUUAAUGUUACCUGCAAUCUCUGGUGUUAUUUUGAACUAUAUAUGUUAUUUAAAAAAUGUUAGUUUUGCAACUGCCUGUAUUUUAAACUUUUCUUCUCCUCAGAAUGUUUGUUCCACUCUCUCUCUCUUUAUUAGGUGAUACAUAUGUUGUCCCUUUUAAAGUGGAGUCAUGACUUAAUGGAAAUGAAAUAAAUGAGAAUGCCAAAGCCAA